UAUAAAAGCAGCAGCGAUCCUGUUGAUCACAGCUUUGGAGACGGAACGAAGACGAGCGAAGAAAGAAUCUACCAGCAAAUCCACCAUGUGUGAAACAGGCAAAACCAAGGUGGCAUUCAGUGCCUCAUUAGAGAAAGGUGGGGCAUAUGGACCAUUCAACACCGACAAAACUCUGGCUUACAACAAAGUGUUCACAAACAUCGGUGAUGCCUACGACAGCUCUACAGGUGUCUUCACUGCACCUCAUACAGGUGUUUAUCAUUUCACCUUCUUCUAUCAUGCUGGAGGACAACAUGCAUCACACCUGAAGCUCUAUAAGGACAAUGAGUUGAUCAUCCUGACAUCUGACCACAAAUCAGGCGCCGACACAGCUGAUAAUGGAGGAAAUGCAGUUGUCCUGCAGCUGCAGCAAGGGAACCAAGUUUAUGUGCGCAUGUCUGCAAAUUCUCAUGUCUGGGCAGGUAAACAUACCACCUUCAGUGGUUUCCUGCUCAGUUAGAAUCAGAGAGAAUCAAUGACUCCAGAAAGAUGAUUCCAGCAA